AUGUCCGAUGAUGACCGCGACUUCUUCGCCGAGUACCAACACUACUUGCGCAAACUCCUGAUCAUUCGGGCAAUUGAGCGUGGGGUUUCAAUGCCCAUGGUAGAUGGCUUUUUAGGAAAGCGAAUGGUAAUCAAGCAACCGACACCUUGGAAUAACUUCCAGAAGACCAAAGAGGCCCGUGAUAUUUUUCGAGGACAACCAGAUGGUGUAGCCAAGAAGAAUGGAAUGUUGGAGGUUUCGUCAAAAUGGCACGGGCUGUCGGACGAGGAGAAGCUCGAGUUUGCAAAGUGUGUUCGAUCGGUUGGCUCCAAUGCAAGACCGGCAAACACCGAGGGGACAGGAAACAAUCCAGACGAGGUUGAUGACGCGGAUGAGAUUGACGCCGCUGGUGAGGUAUCUAUGCGACAGACCGUUUCUCUUAAGCGUGCUGCCGAUCAAGUCCAGAAUUUCAUGGACGAUUGGGUUGCUCGGGCUGUCCAUAUUGCCAAAACUACAAACUGUGAGAUGGUGAUGUUUGCUGUUUCCAGACAUCUUGGAAGCCAUGCCUUUCAGCUGGCCAAAUGGACUCAUGGGGCUACUCGGUUCGUCACUGGUGCCAAGGCUCUGGAUGGCCUGAAACACUACCCUGCUCGAAUGCAAGCUUACCUCACUGGAUACGAGGUUGCCCAGGUAGCUAAGAUUAACAGCAAGAAAGGCUGUGCGGUUAAAAAACAUCCUGUCUCAAUCAGCAAGCGCAUGGCGGCCCUGAUCGAGGAAAAGACACAGGGGACAAUGGUCAAAUGGCCAUGGACGAAGACUGAGAAGAAACUCGCACGGAUGAAGUUCCGACUGGAACUGCUCCCUGGUGCGAGGAGCAAACGGGAAUGGCUCAUGGAGCCCAGUCGUGGUCUUACUUCGGCCCCGGAGGCCACACUACACAACGACUUAGAUAAGAAGUUAAUUGAGUUGGUCUAUGACCCAACCAUACCCGAUGAUCCCAGCUCUAAGCCUACUGCUCGUGGUCGCCGCAGACAACCUCCGAGCGGGUCUCGAAAAGGUCGUCGCAGUGGACCUUUGAGUGGUUCUUCCACUAUUGGCAGCCCAAAAUCUCAACAAACUAUGUCGGAGGUAUCCAACAGCCCAGCAUCUCAACGAACAACGUUGGAAGAAUCCGACAUAGACCAUGAAAGCGAUGUCAGCCAUCGAAGCUUGGAUGAGAGUGACGAGGAAGAUGAUGACGACAACGAAUGA